AUGUUUGAUUGGUUAGAAUAUUCUGAGGACAAAGAUGCUGCUUAUUGUUUAAGCUGCUUUCUUUUUGCUAAAAAGCCAAUGGGGCGGUUUAGAGGUAGUGCAUUUACUAUUGAACGAUUUCGCAAUUGGAAGAAAGUUAAUGAGGGUACGCAUUGUUCUUUUUUGGUCCACAUGGGAAAUGGGCCAUGUUCACCUUAUAAUAAUGCUGUUAAGUGUUGUGGCAAUUUGAAGAAUCAAUCUCAACAUAUUGAUAAGGUGAUAGAUAAGCAAACUUCGGAAGAAAAAUUGAACAAUCGAUUGCGAUUGAAGACUUCAAUCGAAUCUAAUCUGUAUUUAGCAUAUCAAGGAUGUCCUUAUAGAGGUCACGAUGAAGGUCCUAAUUCUAAAAAUCGUGGCAAUUUUCUUGAGUUGAUAAAACUUGUGUCCAAUUUCAACGACGAUGUUGCUAAGGUUGUUUUAGAAAAUGCUCCACAAUAUGCAAAAUAUAGUUUACCUCAAGUCCAAAAAGAUAUUUUACAUGUCUUGGCAAAAAGGGUGCAAGAUGCCAUUCGUGAAGAAAUUGCAUUAGUUGCUGCAUCUCGAGAGGUAACUGUUGUUCAUGAUUUCUUCUCAAAUUUGAAUUUCAUUAUCAAUGUGGUUAGUGCUUCAUGUAAACGUCAUCGUGAUCUGCAAGAAGCUCAAGAAGCAAAUAUCGCAUAUUUGAUAGCUAUUGAGGAACUUGAAACUGGAAAAGGAGCUAAUCAAAUUGGCACUUUGAAACCAGCUGUGCUUGAAAAGAUUAUAAAAGAAGGAUCCACUUACUCUCAACGUGGGGAUGCUGAAGCUGCUUAUGAAAUGAUUACAUCAUUCAGAUUCAUAUUUAUUUUACAUUUCAUGAGGGAAAUCAUGGGUACCACUGAUUGUCUUUGUCAACAUUUGCAACAAAAAUCUAAAGACAUCUUGAAUGCUAUGCAAUUAGUUUCUAAUACAAAAUUACUCCUCCAAAAAUUGAGAAAUGAAGAUUGGGAUAAUUUUCUUGAGAAAGUAGUCUCUUUCUCUAAGAAAUUUGAAAUAGACAUUCCGGAUUUGGGUGCUCGUUAUGUUAAAGGCCGAGGUCGUCUUCCACGGGAUUACAUUACAGUGGAACAUCAUUAUCAUUUUGAUGUAUUCAAUGCUGCUAUAGACUUUCAAUUGCAAGAGCUUGAUUGUAGAUUUGGUGAAAGGGCAAUGGAACUCUUGACACUUAGUUCAGCUUUGGAUCCAAAUGAUGCUUAUAAAUCAUUUAAUAUUGAUGAUAUAUGUAGUCUUGUAGAAAAGUACUAUUCUCUUCAUUUUUCUGAGCAGGAAAAAAUUAUUUUGAGAUUUCAAUUGAAGCAUUUUGAAGUUGAUAUGCUUAAUCAUCCGAAACUACAAAAAUUGUCUUCCAUUGCGGAAUUAUGUCGAGGAUUGAUAGAGGCAGGAAAAUCAGAUACAUAUUAUCUUAUUGAUAGAUUGGUGUUCUCCGACCAUAUCAACAACUUCGGCCUCUCCGCUAUACGUUCAUUCACCUUCUACCGUGUUGUGCCGUUUAUCUCCUCUCCGGCCGUUGCUGUUACUUCUAGUUGUUUGUUUGAGUUUUUUGUUUUGAAUAAGAAGUUUCUUCUUUCUAGAUCUGUCUUCAUGAGCGAGGAUAAAUAA